UGUAUUUUUGCUAAGUUUCAUGAUUUCUUUUGGUUCAAAACCCAAAAAUGAAGAAAAAAUUACGGUAGCUGGGAGCGUAUUGAUUUUGUUCAUCGCAGCAGUUCUCGGGCCUCAGGUAUUGGUUUUGGUUGGUCAAAUGGCUGUAGCGAGUCAAAUAAUCUCAUUGACUGGCAGCAUCAGAUGGAAACAAAUGCUGUCUCGUUCCCUCCCCAGCUGCUCAACCACUGGCCUGCUGCUCUUGAUACCGAGCUGCUGUCAUCCCACCGCCUCACUGUAGAGCAAGGGUGGUUGGCGAGAACUGGUCUGAUUUGCAGACCAAUUCGCGCCCAGCUUUGUACCGAGGAGUCAGAGAAGUUUCAUGGAAGUGUUGUUGAGAGCGGGAGGGCAAUUAUCGAGGCUGGGGAAGGCGCUCGAUUCUAUCAAUCCAUCACUGCAUAGAUUGAUGAACCGCAGCAGCUGUGCCAAUGGUAGACUCGAACCAGUCGCUGUUCCCAUUCCACGCUGUAACUCGCUCAGGCCUGCUCUUUCCGCGGAUCGGAGGGCGAUUUGACCGGAUGACAUACCUACAUAUGAGUAUUGCCGCUUGCCCGAGAGUCGUACCGGAUAUUUUCACAACCCAGCUUCGCACGAGAAGGUUGAAACUGCGUGAUGUGGCUGACGAAGGAGAAACAGCCGCACUCCACAGCGUCGCGACCGUCGCUUGUGAUUCAGGAUUCAGGACACGCGGUCAGUGGCCAGUGGUGGACGUAGCAGCACGUGAUGGGCUCCCUAUUGGACCUUGACCACGGGCCAGCCAUUGGCGCCGAAAUCUAUCGGAAACAUGCAAGCGUUGUGUAUCUCCCUGCGGCGCUUGCCCAGUCGCGGUCAUGUGGCUCGAGAGGGCUCAGAUGCCGUUCCACAUGGGGGUUGUGAUCUGCCGUCGUAUGUCGUAUAAGAACCACGGAAAACGACAUCCCUGGUCUGAGUCCUGGAGUGCCAGUCCUCUCUGUCUGCUGCAUGGCUCACCGUCUCACCGUCCUCGCUGUCCUCGGUCUCUCGCUGUCCGCGGCCGCCACCCCCUUGGCGGAGCGGCAGGCGACGAGCAUCACAGCACUGAGCCAGGCCCAGAUCGACUUCUUCACGCCGUACUCGUACUACGCCGCCGCCGCAUACUGCCCGCCUCAGGACACGCUCGCGUGGAACUGCACAGUCGACUGCCUGGCAAACCCUGGCUUCAAGCCGCUCGCGUCUGGCGGGGACGGGAACGGCGUCCAGUACUGGUACGUCGGAUACGAUCCGGCGCUCAAGACCGUGAUCGUUGGGCAUCAAGGGACGGGACCUGACAUUCUCGCGAUCCUGACCGACGCGAACUUCUUCAUGGAGUCCCUCAACGCGACGCUCUUCCCGGGCAUCCCGGCCGGGAUCCAAGCGCACUCGGGCUUCGCCAAUGAGCAUGCAAAGACAGCCGAGACGGUCUUGGCCAACGUGAAGCGAGCGCUGUCGAUCACUGGAUUUAACAAGGUGACUAUGGUCGGGCACAGCUUGGGUGCUGCCAUCAGUCUUCUUGAUGCUGCCUACCUGCCGCUGCACCUGACCGGGGUCAAAUUCCAAUCGAUCCUCUAUGGGAUGCCACGGGUCGGAAAUCAGGCGUUUGCGGAGUUUGUCAGCGUAGGCAACACAAUAACACAUGUGAACAACCGGGAGGACCUGGUGCCCAUUCUACCCGGAAGGUUCCUUGGAUACCGGCAUCCCACUGGUGAGAUCCACAUCCAGGACUCGGGGGCCUGGCUCGCGUGCCCGGGGAUGGACAACAACAGCACCUUGUGCACGACCGGAGAUGUCCCCACUCUUCUCCAGGGAAAUACCUCUGAUCAUACAGGCCCAUACAACGGGAUCCUGAUCCAUUGUGUCCUCUCUUGAAAGGUUUCGUUUUGUAUACCCCGGGUAGGGUAGAAGGAAUAAAACGUCAGCCCAAUUGGCAGAUUUCAUCUUAUUUGAUAUUCCUGUCGUCUGCCUCGUCAGCGCGCGCGCUGCUCUAGAUUCUGAGGUACGAAGCGACAGCAGGCGCUGGUCUCAGCGUCACACGACCCGUCGCGCGCGCACGUCAUAGCGCGCAUCGGAAUAGAAGCACCGUCUGCAGUCCUCGAGAUCCUUGCUCAAUGUCCACAAGGGUCACCUGUGUGUGGCAAGCAUGCGUCGUCCGAUUCGCAAUCACUGAUCAGUGGUCAGUGAGUGAUGUGGAUCAGAUUUCAGAUGACAUCACGUGAGUCUCGUCUGCCUGUUCGAAACCAAGUCCUCGAGGCCUGUGAUUGGAAGUGAAUCGUGAGCCGUUUGUGAGAAUGCACCGGAAAAAUAGAACUUUUCUGGCCGCCGACUCUGUUGGUCCCGAUCACGCGGCGAUUGCGUGGCGCAGUUCUUCACUCGAGUAGUAUGUCAUAACGUGAAUUCGAACACGGCAUGUUUUUGUGCAGCUUCCAGCACUAGAACUUUCCCAAGCGCGGUGUUGGUCCUGAUUCUCGCUUAGUCAUACUACGGCUGUUACUCGAGUCUCG